AUGGCCGCCAAGCAAAUCCUUCUAAUCACUGGCGGCAAUACAGGCCUGGGGUAUGAGGCAGUCAAAGCUCUGAUGCAAUCUUCCACGCCCUACGAGAUCUUGAUGGGUAGCCGAAGCGUCGACAAGGGCGAACAAGCUGUCGCGAAACUCAAGCAAGAAGUCCCACAAUCACCUAGCACGACCACUGUUGUGCAGGCCGACAUAUCCUCCGACUCGUCUAUCGAGAAGCUGGUCGACACCAUCAAAUCCAAAUUCGCCAAGCUAGAUAUCCUCAUCAACAACGCGGGUGCCAGUUUCGAUGGCGAGAUUCAGUCCGGCCGUAUGAGCAUUCGCGAAGCUUGGAACAGUAGCUGGGAUACCAACGUCGCCGGGACACAAGUCUUGACCACGUCCGUCAUGCCAUUGCUCUUCGCUUCUUCGAAUCCGCGACUCAUGUUCAUGACGUCUGGCACGUCUUCGCUAAUUGAAACUGAAGAGCUCGAGAAGAUGCCCAUUGCUCGCCUCAACGCGGCACCUGGGGCUGGGUGGCCAAAGGCUGAUCUUGUCAACCCGGUGACCUGCUAUCGGAGCACGAAGACGGGGCUGAACAUGCUUUUUCGCGAGUGGGUAAAGAUCUUACGGAACGAUCAUGUGAAAGUUUGGGCAAUUUCGCCUGGAUUCCUCGCUACGAACUUAGCUGGUGUUGGCGCCGAACAGCUAAGAAAGAUGGGUGCCCAGGAUCCUUCUAUCGGUGGCAACUUCAUCAAGGAUGUGGUUGAAGGAAAGCAUGAUCGUGAUGUUGGCAAGAUCAUACGGUCUACCAUGGUCCAACCCUAUUAA